CGGGAGCACGAAAUGGAAGGUGAAGUAAUGGAACUCUACGAGCUUAACUACUCGGAUCUCUUGCUUUUGUCUUCAGAAAAAAUCGCAGAGUCGCCCGAAGAAGCUCAACGGCUUGAAUCUGUAGCUAGAAUGGUGAUGGAAACCCUAGGUCCAAACGGGCCGGGCCUGCUUGCCAUCACCGGAGUCUCCAGAGCUUCAAGUUUCCGGAGAAAGUUACUUCCUUUAGCCCGGAAGCUCGCCCUGCUCAGCAAUGAAGACCGUAAAAAGCUUCUCAAGGAACAUAAUUUGGGGAGUGAUGUUCCAUUAAAGAACUUGGAGAGGAUUGUAUCAUCAUUUGCAAAGAAACUGGAGUAUGACAAGAGGUUUAAGAGUAAUUAUAAUUAUUCGUGUGAAAGUGGUCAGCUUAGGGCUGUUAAAGGAGAUGGACAAUUAGAGGUUGAUCAAAUAGGAUUCAAGAAUUUAGGAAACAUCUUCAACGAGCUAGGGUUUUGCAUGAUGGAGGUAGGACUUCGUAUUGCACAAGUCUGUGAUAAAUUGAUUGGAGGGAAUGAGCUCCAGAUGAGCUUGUUGGAAUCUGGCACAGCAAAAGGACGUCUUAUACAUUAUCAUUCCACAAUUGACAAUGAACUCAUUAAAAACGCUGUUGGGACUAACAUAAGUGUAAAGAAGGGAGCCAAACCAAUGGCAUGUGAUGAGUGGCAGCAAUGGCAUUAUGACUAUGGCAUAUUCACUAUAUUGACUGCGCCAAUGUUUAUAUUCUCAUCGUCUAACCACAAAGGGUUAUUUCCAAUAACUAAAGAAAUUAAGAACCCGUGCAUCCCUUGUGAUCAAGAAUCUUCUUCUCCAAGUGGGCACACAUAUUUGGAAAUAUUUCAUCCAAGUAAAGACCAGACAUUUAUGGUGAAAGCACCUCCAGAGAGUUUAAUAGUGCAGGUUGGCGAAGCGGCUGAUAUACUAUCCAAGGGGAAGCUCCAAGCAACACUUCAUCGUGUAUGCAGACCAAAGGAACCUAAAAACUUGAGCAGGGAAACAUUUGUAGUUUUCUUACAGCCUCCAUGGAGCAAACAAUUCUCUCUCUCAGAUUACCCUCUUAACAAGCAAUUACACUCAAAUGAUCAUAGUUGCAGGUUUUGUACUGAGGAAAUGCUAAGUAGAGAAAAGAUAGAGUCAGAGACACUAAAUAUAUGUAGUAUUGUUCCACCACUUUCAUCAAGGUUAAGAGAUGGGAUGACAUUUGCUGAUUUUUCUCGUGCAACUACAAAUCAAUACUACGGAAGUAAUGGCUUGCAGUCAAGUAGAUAGCUCCAUGGUAUGAGUCCCUAUAAAAGUGUGUGUUAUUAUUUCUUAUAGUGGAUUGUAUAAAAAGUCCAGAGUUCAAGAUUGAAUCACAUGUUGGGGCAUCUGCCUGCAACGGGUUCUCUUUGCUUCUUAGGAGUACAUACUUGUUUAUGAGGUGAGGACUAGGAUUUUGAAAUGACCUAAUGAUGUGUUUCUUAUAGAGAAGUUUUGCCAUCUGUGCCAUAACUUAUAGUGAAGGAAAAUCAUUCACUAACAAGGUGUUUGGCCUGGGUAGCAGCGAACAUGGCUAUUUUAUUCUCACUAACAACUAGACGGCCUUUAGGCCCAUAUUUGUGGAUUCGAGUAUGGCUUUUGUUGAUCUUCGAAGACAGGCGUCAUGCAUACCAUCCGUCCUCACCGUGUGAUCUGAAAAUCAAAGGUCCUCGGUGUAUAAUGGUAUUAAGAUGUGGGAUGUGAAAAAAUGAGAGGUACAAAUAGUGGUGGACGCAGAAAAAUAGUCACGAGUCCCUACCAUAAUGUUAC